AUGGACUUAAUAAACCGAGUAUUUCAACAUUUUCUAGACAAAUUUGUCAUUGUGUUUAUCGAUGAUAUAUUAGUAUACUCAAGGAAUGUUCAACAGCACGAAGAACAUCUGAAAGCAGUGUUGGAGACUUUACGCAAGGAAAAACUUUAUGCCCAAUUCAAAAAGUGUGAGUUUUGGUUAGACCGUGUAGGAUUUUUGGGCCAUGUAGUAACUGCCCAUGGAAUAGAAGUAGACAGAGCUAAGGUCGAUGUUGUGAAUAACUGGUCAGCACCUACUAAUGUAGGGGAAGUAAGGAGUUUUCUAGGUUUAGCCGGUUACUAUCGACGAUUCAUUGAAGGUUCCUCAAAAAUUGCAGGGCCUUUAACACAAUUGACUAAGAAAGGAGUUAAGUUCAUUUGGUCAGAAAGGUUGAAAGACUACGACUACGCUAUCCAUUACCAUCCUCGUAAAGCUAAUGUAGUCGUAGACGCACUAAGUAGGAAGAAGGUGGGUCAGUUACCAGUUUUGAGGACAGAUCACGAGCAGUUAAUUAAAGACCUUGAAAAUUGA